AUGUUGGAUGAUACAAGUUUCUUAUCUUUGAUAGUCAAAAUUGGAGAUUUGGGCGGAGCUAUCCGAACGAAUGAUUUUAGUUCUUGUCCUGUUACUCCUCUAGGGUUGAGGGCCCCCGAAAUUAUCGAAGGGCAUUUCUGGGAUGAUAAGAUUGAUAUUUGGGCAUUGGGAUGCUUGAUAUUUCAGCUUGCCACGAACGAGCCGCUUUUCCCUUUGAUGUCAUUCGGCUGCGUAGCUGAAGAAAUGCGCGAAAAUUUGAGAGCUCUUAUUCAACAUAUUAUGGAAAGAGGCUACAAAAACUUUGCCAUGCAUGUUGGCGAAAGGUUGCCAUCUGAUUUUGGUUCAAAAGAUAUAGAAGAAUUUGCCUCUUUUCUGGCGUCGAUGCUUCAACAAUCCCCGCGACGCCGAAGUUCUACCAGUGCGCUUCUGAAACAUCAAUUUUUAGUUUGUUGA